UCAUUUCCCAUCCUUCCUUGCACCAUGACGUAAUUUAUGACGCAUAUUUUGGUCGACGGGGGGAAGCACACAGCUGAUCCUUCCGAGCUGAUAUGAAUGAGUGGGGUUUAAUCAGAAGAAAAACGCUUAAUUCAAUCAAAACAACGUGGUAGUGAAUAUUCGAAGUGUUGCGAAGUUGCUCUCCUGAAAUGUAACAUUUAAAAGUUUCAUUCUCGUGCUUUGUAUUAUUUUAAGUCGAUUUUUGCCCCCAACCGGAGCAACGUGUCGUAAACAAGUGUUGUAGUUCGUUUUCUAAAUGGCUCUUCCAGUUUUGCACAACACCGGCGUGCUUUACAGAAGAAUACUGGCACAGUUUCCUCAGGAUAUCAGCUUAGCUUUUGCCUACGGAUCAGGCGUUUUUCAACAGCAUGGGACCAGCCAAGGUCAAAUGGAGAAAAACAUGCUGGACUUUGUGUUUGCUGUGGAUGAUCCAGUGACGUGGCACACCAUGAAUCUCCUGCAGAAUCGCAAACACUACUCCAUCCUGAAGUUCCUGGGCCCCACGAUGAUCAGCUCCAUACAGAAUGACCACGGAGCUUCAAUGUACUAUAACACACUCGUGCCUGUGGAUGGAAGGCUAAUCAAAUAUGGUGUAAUCAGCACAGACUCUCUGAUUGACGACCUCAUGCACUGGAAGACCAUGUAUGUUGCUGGACGCCUUCACAAGCCGGUGAAGAUGCUGGUGCAGAGUGAGAAUGGGAAGCUCCGUGCCGCUCUGGUGGCCAAUCUGAAAAGUGCUGUGACGGCCUCCUUCCUCAUGCUCCCUGAAAGCUGCACUGAGAAAGACCUUUUCUUGCAGAUUGCUGGUCUAUCUUAUGCAGGGGAUUUUAGGAUGGUGAUUGGAGAAGACAAAUCCAAGGUGGCUAAUAUUGUGAAAGACAACUUGCAGCACUUCAGGAUCCUGUACAGCAACAUCCUGCGAGACUGCCCUCAAGUGGUUUACAAACCUCAGCAAGGAAAACUUGAGGUGGACAAAAGCCCCGAGGGCCAGUUUAUCCAGCUGAUGGGGUUACCUCGAACUCUUCAGCAGAAGAUCACCAAGCUGGUUGAUCCUCCAGGGAAGAACCGGGAUGUGGAGGAGAUCUUGCUGCAGGUGGCGCAAGACCCUGACUGCGGGGCGGUUGUGCAACAAGGCAUCUCAUCUAUUGUGAAGUCCUCCAGUAUAACACAGAGCAUUAAAGGCAUCGCUACAGCGGGCCUGUGGAAGACCAUAUCAUACAGCUCCAAGAAACUGUUGAAGAUGUGGAAGGGCUGGAGGAGGAAAUCGUCUGUCUCCCAGAUGUCCUGAUGCAGAUUAUUUUUAGGAACCAGACUGUUCCCAUGAUUGUUUUCCAAACCAUCCAGGAUCCAUUAUUUCUUUCCUUUUUUGACUUUGACAAACGGUGACUGAAACCAUCCCACUCUGACUUCUGCAAUGCCACAGAGUGUGUAAAUCUGUACAUCUGCCCUUUUUUAAACCCAUGAUAGUAUUAGAACAAGACGGAGACAUUUCCAGAGUCAGGCUGAAUUAACCUCCCAGUUGCACCAAAUGUUUGACCUUUACGGUUUCAAGGCUGCAGUGAGUCAGGACUGCUGAGAUGGACACGAUAAAACUCAGUGGGAGGUAAAGGGCUGCAAACGUUUACCUCGAGAGAGGAGUUCAGUCACAUCUGUGUAUUUGCCCACGAAAGUGAGCUGUUUGUGAACACAUACCUACACACAGUCUUGUUUUUCUGUCUUAUGUGUGGACCACUGAUUAACAUCACGUAUUAAUCUAAUACUUUUACAUGAUUUCAGAAACUAGACACAUUUCUGGUUCAGCUGCACGUCAGUGUUUUGCUUGGUUGUCUUUCACACUUCCGGCCCAUAGGUGGCGAUAUUGUGCAUAAAUCUUUGUUUUGUGUUUAAAUAUAAAUGUUUUUUUCUUCACCA